AUGAUGGCAUUUGCACCUCCAAAAAGCAUAGAUGGUCCCAAAAUGCAGACAAAGAUGAGUUCCUGGACACCACUAAACCACCAGCUUUUGAAUGAUCGGGUAUUUGAAGAAAGGAGAGCUCUGCUUGGAAAAUGGUUUGACAAAUGGACAGAUUCUCAAAGGAGAAGAAUCCUCACAGGCCUGUUGGAACGCUGCUCCCUGUCACAACAAAAGUUUUGCUGUCAAAAGCUUCAGGAAAAAAUUCCAGCAGAAGCCCUGGAUUUUACCACCAAGCUUCCAAGGGUGUUAUCUUUAUACAUCUUUUCCUUCCUGGACCCCCGAAGCCUUUGUCGUUGUGCACAGGUGAGCUGGCACUGGAAGAACCUAGCUGAGCUGGACCAGAUCUGGAUGCUCAAAUGUUUACGGUUUAACUGGGGCAUCAAUUUCUCUCCAUCUCCCUUUGAGCAGGGGAUCUGGAAGAAGCACUAUAUUCAAAUGGUAAAAGAACUUCAUGUUACCAAACCUAAGACACCUCCAAAAGAUGGGUUUGUAAUUGCCGAUGUUCAGCCAGUUCCAAGUAGUUCUCCAGAGAAAAAGCAGUCCCCUUCGCCAGCUUUUCGGUCCUGUUCCUCUUUAAGAAGGAAGAAUAACCCAGGGGAGAAAGAACUUCCACCUUGGCGAUCCUCUGAUAAGCAUCCAACUGAUAUCAUUCGUUUUAAUUACCUAGACAACUGUGACCCCAUCGAGCACACCUGGCAAGGAAGAAGGAAAAGAAAAGAAAUGGCCCCAGAUAUCGGCCGACAGUCACAUGAUAAGAAAAAUAAAGUGCAGGACAGACCCAGACUAGGAAAAGCACAGUCCCUGGUAAGUAUUGCCUAUGUCGCUGAGUCCCAGCUCCCCUCUCAAAUUGCCAGCUCGCCUCGCCUGGCCUUCGCUGCAGUCAGCGGGACUCCCAGCCCCCGACGCCGCAACCACGAUUCACUGCCCGGGCCUCAGUCGUUACCAUCCAGGCUCCAGAGCCAAAGCUGA